UUUGCCUUUUCAUUUCUAACCCUUCUAUAUAAACACAACACCCUUCACUCUUUAUUUUCCACUCAACAAUUUCUUCUUCUUCUUUCACCUUCAAGAUAGUAUUAAAUUCAAGAACUAAGAACCUUUUUCAAUGGCGUAUCAUCAAGAAUACGAGUGUUCUACUCUAGAAUCGAUCAGGCAACAUCUCCUUACGGACUUCGCUUCUAUGGAUAAUUUCAUUUUCAAUCUUGACGGAGUUAUCAAACCUGAAAUACAAGAUGAUUUUGCUUUCGGUUUGUUUGUAGCGCCGAAUCAACAGCAAGAAAUCAAGACGGAAUCCAAGCCGUCUCCGAGAUUUAGUUCAACUCUUAGCCAGAGAAAACCAGCUAUGACUAAAAUAGCUAUACCUCCUCCUCCUCCGACAGCGGUGGUUCCAACUUCCAUGCCACUGCAGCAACACCAGCAGGCGGCGGCGGUAGCUGUAAGUGGAGAGAAACAUUAUAGAGGAGUUAGACGUCGGCCGUGGGGGAAAUACGCAGCGGAAAUUCGUGACCCUAAUAAGAAAGGUGCUCGUGUUUGGUUAGGAACGUUUGAUACUGCUAUAGAAGCUGCUCGAGCUUACGAUAGUGCAGCUUUUAGGUUACGUGGAAGCAAAGCUAUCUUGAAUUUCCCUCUAGAAAUCGGUGAGUCUUCAUCAAUUAGUUCCGAAAAUAAUUCUUCAAAGAAAAGAAAAGUUGAGGAGGACACAGAGAGUGUUGGAAACUAUAACAAAGCGGUAAAGAUUGAAAAAUCUUCGCCGGAAAGGGAAGAAAUUAAGGCGGUGACGACGGAUCCAUUAACGCCGUCAAGUUGGAAGGGGUUCUGGGAUGGUGAUCAAGACCGUGAAGUGAUGGGGAUAUUUAACGUGCCACCGCUAUCUCCGUUAUCGCCACAUCCUUCAAUAGGAUAUUCACAGCUUAUGGUUGUGUGAAAAUUAAGCGGAUGCUAAUUAAUUAAAGAUUAAUUAUGGAUUACGGAAUGAAAUUGUCAAUUAUCUGAAGGCGAAGAAAGUCUCGGAUCAUGACGCAGAGAUUGUAGAAAAAUUAAAAGUAGUGAGUAGUGAGUAGUGAGUGAGGUUUUGGAUAAUUUUGUUGGAUAUGUACAUAAAUAAGGGUAGUAAUGGCAACCAGCAAUUUCAUGAAUGGUUUUGCUUUGGUUGAGAAAUUAAUUAAGAUUGUAUUUGUUCUUUUAUUUCAUUAAUUAUAUGAUUAUUUUAUCAA